AUGAAGCUGCAGGCAUUCUGGACGGGGCUGGAAUACACCUGUCGGCUCCUGGGCAUCACCACUGCUGCAGUGUUGAUCGGCGUGGGCACCGAGACCUUCCUCCAGGGACGGUUCAAAAGCCUGGCUUUCUAUCUGCUGUUUACAGGAGCCGCCGUCUCCGUGAGCGAAGGCGCCUACUUUGUGGCUCAGCUGCUGGCCAUCUGCUUCCAGUGUCAGCCAGGGUCCCUGGCCUACAGAGCAUGGGAGAAGGCCCACUGGCUGGGCUGCUUCCAGAGGUUCCUGGCCUACAUGCUGCUGUCCGUGGCCUGCUUCCUCCACCCUGUCCUGGUCUGGCACGUGACCAUCCCAGGCUCUAUGCUCGUUACCACUGGCCUGGCUUACUUCCUGCUGAGCAAGCGGGAAAAGAACAAAGCUGCCGCAGAGGUGCUGGCCCUCCCAGAGCAAUACACGGACCCCUCCGGCAGCGCCGUGAGUACCACCGGCUCUGGGGACACCGAGCAAACGUAUACCUUCCAUGGGGCCCUCAAGGAGGGGCCUGGCUCCCUCUUCGUCCACGUGAAGAGCAUCCUGAAGGGAACUAGGAAGCCCAACGCCCUCCAGCACCCAGACGCUCUGACGGAGCUGACUCUGGUGCCGGCUGACUCGCUGGCCAAGAAGAAGCAGGUGCACUUUGAGGACAGUGUGGUGAGAAUCAUCCCGGCCCUGGCUGAAGGCCUGGACGAUGGGGACAGCGAGCCAGAGGAGACCGCCUCUGACACCACCCCCAUCAUCCCUCCCCCUGAGGCCCCGCUCUUCCUAUCCUCCCUCACGGGCACCAGCCUCUUCUGA